CCCAUUAUCUUAUCAGAGCAAAAACAGAGAAGGAAAAAAAAUUUAAAAAGAAAGAAAAAAGGAAGGAAAGUAAGGGAAGGGAACAGAAAGGCAUAAUCAAGAGAAAGUACAUUCGAAGUCAAAUUUGUUUUGGGAAUCUUCAACCCCUUGGCCUUUGAUUUUCAAUCAUCUGUCCCCCACAGAAUCGGUUCUCUAAUUUCUGGGUUUAUUUCAGAAAGAGAUGAAAGCUUGAUUCUUUGAUGUUAAAAAUCUCAAAUCUCAUGAAUAUUGGUCUUGGGUGUAGUGGGUACUACUGAAAUCACAUGAAAACUUACUUUUGAUUCUUGGGUGAUCAUCGGAACACGUUUUGUUAAACUGAAUUAGGUUGAAUCCGAUCUCAAUUGGUCAUAAGCGAUGAAAUCGGCGUCGCUUGAUCACUGGAGGGACUAUUUCCGGUCGGCGAACUCCGAUAUUUUUGACAUUAUCGACCAUGCAGUCAUGGUGGCUGCCGCGGAUUGCCCGAAGGAGUUUCGGCUUCGGAGGGAUCGAAUCGCGGAGAAACUGUUUUGUUGCACUUUCAACCGAUGCUCCGAUCGGGUAGGGUCACCUGUUGCGGGUCGACCCGGUUCUGCUGUCUCCGAUGACGGCGGUGAUGAAGACAGAGUAUGCAAUAGAGGGUUCCAGAGAGAGUUUGGGGCGGGAGGGAGCAAGGAAAGUAAAGUGAAUAGCACAAGUAGAGAUGAUCGAGAAAACGAAGAGAUGCAGAAUGGCACUCACAUGGUUAGCAACUACAGCUUUGGAGAUGCUGAGGCUUUGACUGAUGAGAUUGAAGAGGCGCAUCAAACCGUUGAAGAGCUCUUGAGGAUCAAGGACAUUCUUCAUAACAGUGAAGAUGAGUCUGAUACAGUGUUGUCUGAUUCAUUGAGGCGGCUUCAAUUGAUGGCUUUGUCUGUGGACAUGCUUAAGGCAACUGAGAUAGGAAAGACUGUUAAUGGCCUAAGAAAGCAUGGAUCAAGUCAGAUUCGCCAUCUUGCUCGGACUCUUAUCGAAGUAUGGAAAGAAUUGGUGGACGAGUGGGUUAAUGGCACAAAAGCUGUCGCAGGAGGAGAGGAAGGUACUCCAGAUUCCAUGAAUCCAUCAGUUCUCGAUGAAGAAGAAGGGCUUCCUUCUCCUCCUCUAGAUGAAGGAGUUUUCUUUGCUACCCAACCUACUUCGAUGGAGCUCUCACAGUUUUUUGAUGGCAUGGAUGAUGAUGGAAAUCCUCGGAACAAUGGGGAAUUCAUCAAGCAUCAUGAAAAUGGAAGACGACCCUCACCAAAGAACCAAAAUAUCAUAAAAAGGAAACAGAAAAAUCCAAAUGAGGGGAAUGGAUUUAUGAAGGAGAACAAAAGCCAUCUAAUUAAGAGACAAGAAGCUGUGGUGAAGACCAGUAAACCCUCAAAUUUGGCUUCUGGCCCAGGGAGACCUCAAAAAGUAAGUACGGAACAAAAGGUUGUUAGUGAAUCAAAGCUUCUCCGAAGAUCGGAUAAGGCUACUGUCCAAAAAAAGCCUCUCAAUGCUCAGCAGGAUAAAUUCAAGUGUUCGGAUGAAGUCACAGUUCAAAGGAAGCUCGAGGCCACAAAAAGAAAACUCCAGGAAAGUUAUCAGCAAGCUGAGAAUGCCAAGAAGCAGAGGACAAUCCAAGUCGUGGAGUUGCAUGAUAUCCCUAAGCAGGGUCUUGGCCAUAAAAAUCAACCCAUGCGGGCAGGUCAUCAUAACCGGCAGUGGGCACAGGGACGGCAGUAGUUUUUUGUAUAUCUGUACAGACUGGUCGCGUCGAAUUUGUCAGGUUUCUUCCAUCUUGUAAAACCAGCUGAAGAAACCACAUAAUUCCCAGAUUCAACACGAACAUAACCCACUCGAGGAUCGACUGCAAGCAAUCCAUUGAUGUGGCUGGAAUAAUCCAGAGGGAGAAAAAAAGACGACGAUAAUGGUUUUUGUUCUCCAACUCUUGUUCUACAUUCAAACAAAUUGAGGUAAUGGAGACCUUUUUUUUAAGAUCCAAAUUGGGAGGUUAAUUUAUAGCUUUUGCUAUAUCUGGAUUGUUAAGUCAGUAUUGAGAUGAAUUUUUAUUUUCUGAGAAUCAUAAAUGGGAUGAUCCUCCCAUUAUUUCUUUCAAUAUUUUUAUCCCUUACAGU